AUGGGCGGGCCUGUCUGUCCUGCACCUCCUCCAAGGCCCCCUCCUUCCGGUGCACCUCCUCCGCCGCCACCGCCGCCGCCGCCUCCACCACCGCCGCUCCCACCUCCACCGCCACCUCCACCGCCGCCUCCACCGCCUCCACCUCCCCCCUUCCCGCCCUUCUUGCUACUCUUGCCCCCUGGCACUCCGCGGCGGCAGUUGCGGAAGGCGCAGCCAGCAGUGACACCAAACGCCACGCUCGUCCUGCUUGCGAACAACACGUUCGGCGCUAAAUGCCUCGACGGAAGUCCCCCCGGGUACUACUUCCGCCCAGGCGCGGCAACGGGCCGUCUCCGGUGGCACAUCUACCUGCCCGGAGGCGCGUGGUGCGUCACCCCCGCCGACUGCGCCGCCAGAGCCGGCACGCGCCUGGGGUCAAGCAAGAGCUUCCCCGCCAACCCCGCGCACUAUGCGGCGCAGCUGAGGCCGCCGUUCGAGGGCAUUCUGUCGGGCAGCGCGCAGCAGAACCCCGCGAUGUACCAGUGGAACCUCGUGCGCCUCAUCUACUGCGAUGGGGGCGGGUACGCCGGCACCAGGGGUGCGCUCAACGUCUCUGCUGCUGCUGCUGUCCCUCCGAACGCAAGCGCCGCUGCCAACUCAACGAGCCCUUCCAAUUCCACCAAGUCAACCAAGUCAACCGGGUCAACGAAGUCAUCCGCAUCCACGACGUCAGCCAUUUACCUGGACGGGUGGAACAUCAUUCAGGCCGUGAUUCAAGACCUCGUUCAGAAGCGUGACAUGCGCUCAGCCUCACAGAUUCUUCUUUCAGGCAGCUCAGCAGGAGGGCAGGCGACAGUGAACCUCUGUGAUUGGCUGGCGUCGUCCUUCCCAUCUGCCUCCACGCGCUGCCUCGUUGACUCGGGCUUCUUCCUUGACACACGUGACCGCGCUAUGAACUACACCUUUCGCUCGCUGGCUCAGAACCUCACCGCACUGCACCGCCCCUCCAACCCCACCUGCCCCUAUGGUACCUCAUCUGCUCCCAUGCUACCUCAUCUGCUCCCAUGCUACCUCAUCUGCCCCCAUGCUACCUCAUCUGCCCCCAUGCUACCUCAUCUGCCCCCAUGCUACCUCAUCUGCCCCCAUGCUACCUCAUCUGCCCCCAUGCUACCUCAUCUGCCCCCAUGCUACCUCAUCUGCUCCCAUGCUACCUCAUCUGCCCCCAUGCUACCUCAUCUGCCCCCAUGCUACCUCAUCUGCCCCCAUGCUACCUCAUCUGCCCCCAUGCUACCUCAUCUGCCCCCAUGCUACCUCAUCUGCCCCCAUGCUACCUCAUCUGCCCCCAUGCUACCUCAUCUGCCCCCAUGCUACCUCAUCUGCCCCCAUGCUACCUCAUCUGCCCCCAUGCUACCUCAUCUGCCCCCAUGCUACCUCAUCUGCCCCCAUGCUACCUCAUCUGCCCCCAUGCUACCUCAUCUGCCCCCAUGCUACCUCAUCUGCCCCCAUGCUACCUCAUCUGCCCCCAUGCUACCUCAUCUGCCCCCAUGCUACCUCAUCUGCCCCCAUGCUACCUCACCUGCCCAGACCCCCCUGCCUCGCCCCCUUCUCCCCCCUCCCCCAACACAGCAGCGAGGCCGGCACAGCAGUGGCGGUGCUUCUUCCCGCAGUACACUCUUCACAACACCUCCACACCGCUCUUCCUCUUCCACACGCCCUUUGACUAUGUAG